AUGAGUGCCAUUGUUGGUACUAAACAAUACCUAGAAUAUUUCAAUCAUCCAGGAUCAACAUUACAAGGUGGUAUCACAGCAAGUAUGUCUGCAGGCUCAUUUCUUGGUUGUAUAUUAUCAGGUUCAGUAUGUGAUAUCUUAGGUAGAAAGAAAACAAUUCAAUUUAGUUGUAUAUUUUGGAUAAUUGGUUCUGUUUUACAAUGUGCUUCUCAAAAUGUUGCAAUGCUUAUUGUUGGUAGAGUUUUAAAUGGAUUAACUGUUGGAUUUACAUCUUCACAAGUUCCUGUUUAUUUAUCUGAAAUUUCUAAAAGAUCUGUUAGAGGUAAGAUUGUUGGUUUACAACAAUGGGCUAUUGAAUGGGGGAUUUUGAUUAUGUUUUUCAUUGGAUAUGGUUGUUCUUAUAUUAAGGGUCAUGCAAGUUUUAGAGUUCCUUGGAUUAUUCAAGUUGUUCCAGCUUUAUUCUUGAUGUUUUUACUGAUUUUCAUUCCAGAAUCUCCAAGAUGGUUAGCAAGUAAAGGUAGAUGGGAUGAAUGUAAAUUAAUAUUAGCAAAUAUUCAUGGUAAAGGAGAUGAUGAAGAUCCAGAAGUUUUAACAGAAAUUGCAGAAAUUCAAGAAUUUGUAGAAAUUGAAAAUAAACAAGCUAUUGGAUAUUUGGAACUUUAUAAUAAAAAAAACAUUUAUAAAACUUUAGUUGCUCAAGCUUGUCAAUGCAGUCAACAAUUAGUUGGUGGUAAUGUCAUUAUGUAUUAUGUUGUUUAUGUUUUCCAAAUGGCUGGGUUAACAGGUUCAAUUAAUUUAAUAUCUUCAUCAGUUCAAUACAUUAUUUUCUUAUUAUUUACAGUCCCAACAUUAUUCAUGAUGGACAAAGUUGGUAGAAGACCUUUAAUGAUUUAUGGAUCAAUUGCAAUGGGGACUUGUAUGUUUAUAAUUGCAGGUAUAUUAGCUGGAAAGGGUGAAUAUGCCGAAUCUAUUGGUGGUAAUGAUAAUAUUCAUAUUACGUUAGUUAAUUCACCAGCAGCUUCAAGAACAGUUUUAGUCUUUUCAUACUUGUUUACCAUGUUUUAUUCAUUAACUUGGGCACCAACUGCAUGGGUUUAUUGUCCUGAAGUAUUUGAUCAAAGAACAAGAUGUAGAGGUAUGGCAGUUGCAGCAGCUUCAAAUUGGGCUAUGAAUUUUGCAUUAGCAUUUUAUGUUCCUCCAGCAUUUGAUAAUAUUGGAUGGAAAACUUUUGUUAUAUUUGGUGUUUUCAAUGCAGCAAGUGCCAUUUAUAUCUUUUUCCUAUUCCCAGAAACUGCAAAGAAGAGUUUAGAAGAGAUUGAAGAAUUAUUUGCAUCAAAUAGUCCAAAACCAUGGAAAACUAAAGUUGGUAGUGAAAGAUUUGAACAAACAAAGGAAGAGUUUAAACAAAAUCCAAUACAAUUUGAUUCUGAAACUCAACCUAAAUCAAGUUUGGAAAAUAAAGCUGAAGCUCAACAUGUUGAACUUGCUGAGUCCAAAACACAAAAUUCUGUUUGA